AUGGACCCCCCCGACCGAGACGACCGGACCGGCGAGACAACGCCGUUGCUGUCGGAUCAGCCGCACCGCAAGCCGGACAUUGAACCGGCGAGUACCAGCGGUUGGCUGUCGGAAGCCUGGCUCCUCUGCCGCUAUUCACUACCGCUCAUCGCCACCUACCUACUGCAGUAUUCCUUCACCGUCAUCACGACAUUUGUGGCAGGCCACCUCAGUGCCGAUGACCUCGCCGCCGCCAGCAUCGGUCUGACGACCAUGAACAUCAUUGGCCUCGCCAUAUACGAGGGAAUGGCCACCGCCCUCGACACCCUCUGCGCCCAGGCCCACGGCUCCGGUCGCCUCACCGCCGUCGGCCUCCACGUCCAGCGCAUGCUCAUCCUCAUGACCCUCGCCACCGUGCCCAUCGGGCUCUUCUGGAUCUUUUCGCCGUCCAUUCUCUCCCUGUUUGUCAAGCAGCAUCACUUGGCCGUCAAGGCCGGGACGUUCCUGCGCGUAAGUCUGGUCGGCAUACCCGGCUACGCCGCCUUCGAAGCUCUCAAGAGGUUUCUGCAGGCCCAGGGCGACUUCAAGAGCGCCAUGGUCGUCCUCAUCAUCUGCGCCCCCAUCAAUGCCUUCCUCAGCUGGCUCUUCGCUUUCAAGCUGGGCAUGGGCCUCGAGGGCGCGGCCCUGGGCCAGGCCCUGGCCAACGACUUGCGUCCCGUCCUCCUGCUCGUCUACAUCGUCGUAUGGGGCCAGUGGUCGCACCAGUGCUGGGGCGGGUUCUCUCGCAAGGCUUUUACAGAGUGGAGCGUGCCGGUGCGACUCUCCAUUGCAGGAUCGGCCGUCAAUUUGGGCGAGUGGGCUGCCUUUGAGAUCCUGACGCUCAGCACGUCCUACCUGAGCACGGAACACCUCGCCGCGCAGACCAUCUUGACCACCAUCUCGGUCGUCAUGUGGCACAUACCCUUUUCAAUCUCGGUUGCGAUUAGCACCCGCAUCGGCCACCUGAUUGGCGGCGGGCUCGUAGCGACUGCACGGCGAGCCACGACUCUCUACGCCGUCGUCUUCACCGUCGUCGGUGUUCUGGAUGCUAUCCUGGUCUUCCUGUUCCGCCACCAGCUCGCCCUCGUCUUUUCCGAGGAUGCCGAAGUCCAAAGACUCACGUCCGACUCCAUGCUCGCGGUCGCGGCAUUCCAGCUCAUCGACUCCAUCAUCAGCGGAUGCAACGGCGUGCUGCGGGGCCUCGGCAGACAGGCCGUUGCGGCGUUUAUUGUUUUCGCCGUCAACUAUCUGGCCGCGGUACCGCUCGCCGUCUGGUUCGAACUGGGAUCACCGGGCCUAGAGCUGGACGGUGCCUGGAUAGGCCUCGGUGGUGGUAUGGUCGUCAUUGCCAUCAUUGAGUGCAUUUACAUGAAGGUGAUUAGAUGGCAAGACUGCGUUGAAAGUGUCAGAGAUAGGGAAGGCAUGUAG